AGAUGGCGGCGGUGGGGCGCGGGCUGCUGGCGGCGGGGCUGUUCCGCGGGCGGGUCGCCAUUGUCACCGGCGGCGGCACCGGCAUCGGCAAGGCCAUCGCCGCCGACCUGCUGGCGCUAGGUUGCAAUGUUGUCAUCGCCUCUCGUAAAUUUGAUCGAUUAAAAGCUGCAGCAGAAGAGCUGAAUAACAGAUUUGCCUCUGUGAGUCCUGCCCAAGUGACCCCCAUGGAGUGCAAUAUCCGCAAAGAAGAAGAGGUAGAGGCUUUGGUGAAGUCUACACUGAGUCUGCAUGGGAAGAUUGACUUCCUGGUGAAUAAUGGAGGGGGCCAGUUUGUAAGUCCUUCUGAAGCCAUCCGUGCAAAAGGCUGGAAUGCUGUCAUAGACACCAAUCUGACAGGGACCUUCUAUUGUUGCAAAGCAGUGUACAAUGCCUGGAUGCAGGAACAUGGAGGAGCCAUUGUCAACAUUACUGCUGCCGUGAGAAAUGGCUUUCCUGGAAUGUCACACUCAGGAGCUGCAAGAGCUGCAGUGGAUAACCUAACCAAGACUUUAGCUUUAGAAUGGGCUCACAGUGGAGUGAGAAUCAACAGCGUUGCUCCUGGACUGGUAUUUUCAGAAACUGCUGUUGCAAACUAUGGAGAACAAGGUGUAAUGAUGUGGUUAAAGAGCAUACCAAAGGUUCCUGCCAAGAGGUCAGCUGUUCCUGAGGAGAUCUCCCCUGCAGUAUGCUUCCUGCUGUCUCCAGCUGCAUCAUUCAUAACUGGGAUAACCAUGGUCGUGGAUGGUGGCCAGAGUUUGUAUGGCCAUGGCCUAGAAAUACCUGAUCAUGACAGAUGGCCCCCCCCACCAGAAGGAAAAAAUUCUGAAAUGCUGAAAAAGCUUAUUUCUGGCAAGUUCAAACCAAAGCUGUAAAAGAAAGAGAUUUUUACCCUUGCUGAUAAUCUCACUUUGUGAUUUGACCUUAUUAUUCUCAGUAAUAAUUUAUUUUGCUCAUAUGUAACUACAUUAAGUGCCUUGAUUUUUGUUGGUUUAUAUUUAAAACUUUUGAAAGGCUUUACAUUGUAUAUCUCUUCUCUGAAAACACUCACCCUGAAAGCAUUCAGUCUUUUGGGAAGGGAAAAGAUAUAAAAGACAAAGUAUCCAUUUGCACAGGCAUUAAGUAAUGAAGAAUCCCAGCCAGAAGUGAAUAAAAAGAAUACUUAUUUUGCAGUGAAGAUAGCCAAGGGGGAACGUUUAGGAAUCCUUCUGUCUUUGAUGCAUUUACAGAGAAGGUAAUUUAAAUCUUUCAUUGUUACUUGCAUCAGUAACCCUUGGGUCAGUGUUAGCUCUACGCUGUUUCUGUUCAGCCACCUACUGAGUGUUCAACAAUGGUUUUAAAGACCAAAUAGAGUAAGUAUUUCUCUGAAAAUAAAUAAAAAUAAGAUGGAAUUGUUUGCAGAUAUAAUGACAUAAUGGAGUUAAGCUGGCUGCAACUUAAAUUUGAUGACAGAAUAAGCAGAUAAUAAAUACAGUGAUGGAGAGCAAUAUAGAUCCAACAAUUUAACAUGCAAAAUCCGUGGUGUAUAUUGCAGUGCUCUCUGAAGUAUGCUACACUAGUAAAGGAGAAAUUUGGAAUUCUUCAUUUGCCAGCUAUAACACCUUUUGUACUUGUUGUCUUACAAUGUUAACAGAAUUUUUUUUCAUUAUUGUCUUCAGGUAAGGUUUUUGUGAACAAUGCAGAGAUGCCAUUUAAAAACCAGAAAUCUUGUAAUACAUCACUUGAAGAGGUUUUAUUUGUAAAUUUUUUAUUCGCGUUAAGGCAAAUGUUCCCAUGUUUGCUCACUUUAAUGCAAAUAUAAAAAAUAUGUAAUUACUGUGUUUCUUUGCUGUAAAAACUGAAAUUCCUGGAAUCAAGUUGCUGCUUUAGAAGGGAACUUUUAAUAUUUCAUUUUGGGCUGAAUGUAAGAGUCUGAUGUUGUUUGUUCUGUGCAAAGUUUGACUUUUGUGUCUUUCAGUAAAAUAUUUGUUCUUAUAUAGGUACAUGUAGAUUGUUUUUUCAUGAAAAUGAAAUGAAUGCCAGUGUUGGGGGGAGAAGGAGUUUGAGCCAUCAUGUGUGUUCUUUCUGCUUCAUCCUUUUAGUAACUGGACAGUCAUUUAUGUGACUGUGAGAAAUUGGUACAGAGAUAAAGCCAACUUUUUUCAAA